AGCCAACCCUGCCCACUCACCUGGGCUGGAACUCAGGGCUACUCACUGCCUAGUGGAGCAGCCCGGGUGAUGAGGCAUGUGGCAUGUGCACAAAGCCAGACCCAGCAUGGGCAAGGCUCCACUAAGCACACAGCACCUUCAGGCCCUAACCAGUACCACGUGGAGCUCGGGAGGAGUGAGUCUCCUAUGAAUAAACAGAUUAACAAGGGCUUUCAGGACGCAGCUUAAAACACCCACGAGGAAGGAAGGUUCUGGAGACUUCCGGCUGGAAACAUACCCAGUCUGGUAUAAAAGCUGACAGCAUAGCACAUCACAAUACACAUUGCCUCACUCACAAGCUCCUACCACCCAGCUCCCGCCAUGGCCGCCUCCACCAUGUCUGUCUGCUCUGACGCUUGCACCAACUCCUCCUGGCAGGUGGACAACUGCCCAGAGAGCUGCUGUGAGCCCAGCUGCUGUGUCCCCAGCUGCUGCCAGCCCAGCUGCUGUGCCCCAGCCCCCUGCCCAACCCUCAUCUGCACCCCAGUGAGCUGUGUGUCCAGCGCCUGCUGCCAAUCUGUCUGUAGCAGCUCCUGCACACCCUCAUGCUGCCAGUCUAGCUGCCAGCCAGCUUGCUGCACCUGCUCCCCCUGCCAGCAGUCCUGCUGUGUGACCCUGUGCUGCAAGCCUGUCUGCUGCACACCCAUCUGCUCUGGGUCCUCCUCAUGCUGCCAGCAGUCUACCUGCCAGCCCUCAUGCUGUCAGUCCUCCUGCUGUGUGCCUGUGUGCUGCAAGCCUGUCUGCUGCACACCCAUCUGCUCUGGGUCCUCAUGCUGCCAGCAGUCUAGCUGCCAGCCCUCAUGCUGCACCUCCUCACCCUGUUCUGUGACUCUUUGCUGCAAGCCUGUCUGCUGCACACCCAUCUGCUCCGGGUCCUCCUCAUGCUGCCAGCAGUCUAGCUGCCAGCCCUCAUGCUGCCAGCCAUCCUGCUGUGUGCCUGUGUGCUGCAAGCCUGUGUGCUGCAAGCCCGUCUGCUGCAAGCCCUGCUCCAGCGUGUCCCUGCUCUGCCGCCCUGUGUGCAGACCCGCCUGCUGUGUGCCCACCUCCUCCUGCUGCUCCUCCUCCUGCCAGCCCAGCUGCUGCAAGCCCUGCUCCAGCGUGUCCCUGCUCUGCCGCCCUGUGUGCAGACCCGCCUGCUGUGUGCCCACCUCCUCCUGCUGCUCCUCCUCCUGCCAGCCCAGCUGCUGCAAGCCCUGCUCCAGCGUGUCCCUGCUCUGCCGCCCUGCCUGCUCCAGCCAGGCCUGCUGUGGCUUCUCCUCAGGCCAGAAGUCCAGCUGCUGAUGGGUCUGUUCCUGGUGCCAGCUGACUCAGGUCCCUCCCUGUGGUCCCUCUCCGCCUCUCCAGUCUGCUCCUGACCUGGGAUAGACAGUUCUCCAGGAUGAAGCCUCCAACCUGUCCUUUGUGACUUGACCUCUCCUCCUGCUUCCCAGGAGGCCUGAUGAUCCUCAGGGUCACUGUCCCUGUCCCUGUCCCUGUCCCUCUGUUCUGGUUACCUGACCCUGAUACAGCUUGUCAGCAGCCCAUGGCUUCAAUAAACUCUUCUAGCCA